AUUAAUCCGUGCUCACGGUUUACAAAUCGUUCCCACGGUUUAGCAAUCCGUGCCCUACUUGUUGUGCUAACUGAUUUUCCUUUGUACUAGUUUUUACAGUACUGGGAUUAGUGCUACAAUUUAAAGUAAGCGUAAAGCUCUGGAAUGUUAACACUGUGACUUUGACGGAGAUUACAUACACAUGACAUGUGCAUGUACAGUCGUGCAGUAAAUGGAAGUUUCCAGAGACAGUUUGUCUAACAUGAAAACCUGGGAAGCUAACGGUAAGGAAAAAAGACACAGGCUCUUUACAGGGACACCAAGCAUGGCUCACACCAUAACAGCGGCUCUGUUGCUUUGCCUUCUUCCCUUGUUCGGAUAUGGUGUGGAAGGGCAGCUGAGGCAGCAGAGAGAAUUAAAGCUGGAUACAGGCUUUUGCCAGGGCCCCUGUCCAGCUGACUGGGUCAGUUUCAAAAACCGCUGUUUCCAGUACAUUGCCGAUGGGAAGACUUGGAUUGACUCUGAGUUACACUGCCUGUCCAGUGGGGGAAACCUGGCCUCUAUGCACAGCGAAGAGGAAUUCCAGUUUAUCAAGGCCCUGAUCAAAAGCAGAGAUUCUGCAGAAAAUCCCUGUCACUAGCCUCGCAAUAACUGCCACCUGCAGUAGCCUACUACAGGUACUACAGCUACUACAGGUACUACAGGUACUGUAGGUGCCAGUUGUCGCGAGGUUAGUGUGUGAGGUCAGAUGAUGAGUUGAUGAGUGACGACGCGGGAAAAAAAAGAAGAAAAAUCAGACAGAUGAUGGACGCCAGGACAGAGAAGGAAGGCACUCCUUCCAAAACAGUCUUAAAGAAUGCAAAGUCUGCAACAAAUGAGUACAAUAAGUCACUAAAAGAGUAAAGAAAAGUUAUGUGAAAUGAAAAGAAAAACUGUACAAAAAAGCAAUAUGAAAUGAAUGAGUGUGUGAAUGUGAAAAGAAUGUGGAAUGAAAAUGAAAUGUAAAGUCAAGCAAUGUUAA